AUGGCAUUGUCUUCUUAUAAUCCUGACAAUCUAUGUGGGAAACUAUCUGGGUUUGUAGCAGUGGCUCGUAAAGUUUAUGGCGCUGAUGGAGAAGGUGGCAGUGGUGGUGAUGGAGAAAGUGGGGGAGAUGGCUAUGGGCCAGAGGAGGUGCCGGAGGUGCUUCAACAGUUGGGUGACGCCUUGAUCAAGCGAGAGAUUGCUGUCAUUAAACAAGAGAAUUUGCCAGUCACACACUACUAUGGAAAGCUUAAGCAGCUGCGUGAUCGACUCGGUCAAAUACGUCCAGAUGUUAAUUGUGAAGGAGCUGUAAAAUCACUGUUUGAUGCAUCUAAGUCACCUCAAUAUCUUCUGGGAGCAACUGAUGCUCUGAAUGUUAUCAGGAAGUUGAUUGAUGAUCGUGCAACAGAAGAUAAGUCAAUGGAGUUUAUGAUGGGAUUGAGUGAAGUUUUUGAAGCAGAAAAGAAUCAGAUCUUGAUGAUUGAUCCAAUUCCUAAUGUCCAUCGUAUCUAUUCUAUGAUACUCAAGGCUGAGAAAACUCAUCAAGUAAGCAUAAAUGUUGCUGCUGGAACAGAGAAUUCGGCAAUGAUCAACAAAGGAGGUGGUUGGAAGAGUAAUAAUCGUCCAAGGAACAAUCAGAAAAAGGACAAGGAUCCAGUCCUGAUUGGAUAUCCCGAGGGAUGGAAUUCUGACAAAAGAAAAGGAUCAGGAACACAUAAUGUGCAUCUUGUUGAUACACCUCUAGAAGUUACUGAAACUGAUGAUAAUGAAUGGAAUGGCAAGAUUGCAGCUGCUGUACAAAAGGAGAUCAAUCAUCUGAUGAAGAACAAAGCUCCUGUUGAUGUCACCAAUCAUGUCAAUUUCUCCCACAUAGAAGACUUUGCAGGUAGCUCAGUUCUUCCUCUUGUUAGUUCUAAGUCUGUUUUUAAAAUGGGUAAUUCAUGGUUCAUGUUUGUUGACACUGGAGCUACUGGUCAUAUGAAUGGUUCCUUGCAUUUGCUUUCUAAUCCUCAAUUAGUCAAAAGCUUUACUCCUGUAUGCUUGCCAGAUGGUAGUGUAGAAUCAGUUAGUCAUGACCUUCAAACUACUAGUAUCUUAGCAGUUGGCAAAGUUGUUAAAGGCCUUUACGUAUUGAAUGCAUAUUCCUUCACCAGUCAAGCUAUUCAAGAAUCACAGACUCUCUAUGCUUCAUUUUCUGAUACAUCAGUUGUAUUAUCCAAAACAUCUCUACCUGUUGAAGAUUCUUUACCUGAUGAUCCAUGCUCAGUAAAUCCUCUAUCAGAUAAUGUUCCAAUAUCCACUGUUACCCUUUCUUCUUUUCCUGAGACGGAACACAUUUCAUCUUCUCCACCAUUGUCAUUUUCCUCUCCUAUGCAUACUACUUCUUUACCCUCUCCACCUCCAGUCGACGGAGAUGAAGUAUCUCAAAUGUUGGAGGUGGCAGAGAUUGUGACCACGCCAGUAGCUCCAAGUUCAGCCGCCGGAACGUCGCUAAUCAUCGGCUUCACCAUCUCCGGCGUUGAAAAGCUUGCGGUUGAGUCUGAGACAUGCCAACCUGCAAGCGAAGGAGAACCUCAAAAGAACUGCUCAACAAGAGCUGAGCUUCUUCUUGGAGGUGGAGGAGAGUCUACUGCUCGGCGACGCAAAUUACAGUUAGUUUACAAUAUUUUACCUUGCAAAGAGCUUCAAUGUUCUGGGCAGAAAAUUCAGACUGAUAGCUUCUUUGGUCGCUGUAUUGAGGAAGUUGAAAGAAGUGCAAGCACUCUUAUGACUUUAGAGGAAGCUAAUGGAUGCUGUCGAGCUGCUACGGUAAAAGAAUUAGAGAUUUUACCCAGAGCUGCCAGAGAUGGUGUGAACAUUCGGCCUCCCCAAGUAAAUCAGGAAGCUGUUCCCAUAUUAGAUAUACCAUUGGAUAUGCAUGAUGAGCUUUAA